AUGGGUCUGGAACAUCUUCUCUUGGCGAAAAAGAAGAAAGACGGAGAACAGCAUGUGGAUUUACACAUGUAUUAUCUUAAGCUCAACCAAUAUGUUUGGCUUCUCAUGCUCACUGAAUUGUACAAAGCACCUUAA